AUGUCUGACGCGGCUCGUUGGAAAGCCACCGUUUAUGUCGGUGGCUUAGCCCCCGCAGUGACAGCAACUGUACUUCAUGAAGCUUUUCUUCCCUUCGGGGAGAUAGCAGAGAUCAACCUACCGCGCAAUGAGAACCCCAACACGGCCUCAACAGAGCCGCACCGGGGAUUCGCCUAUGUCGAGUUUGAGGAUCCUGAGGAUGCCAAGGAGGCCAUCGACAACAUGGAUCAAUCCGAGCUGUUCGGCCGGGUUAUCAAAGUGUCGGCAGCCAAGCCACCUAAGAGCGCCGGGCAAGGCUUGGGAAGCAAGACAGCUGUUUGGGAGCAGGAGGGGUGGCUUGCUGAGCAUGCUGUCAGCGAAGAGGAUCGACUGGCGGCCGAGCGAGCUAAGAACGCAAGGCCAAACGAAGAUCCUAUGCAGGGGCUUGAGGAUCUGGAUGUUGCAGGGCCCAAGCCAGAAUGA